AUGUCUUGGAAUGAGAGUACAGAUUGCUGCACUUGGGAUGGAGUUACUUGUGACAUGUUAACGGGGCACGUUAGCGGCCUGGAUCUUAGCUGUAGUAAGCUAAAUGGAACUAUACAUCAGAACAGCAGCCUUUUUCAACUUCAUCAUCUUCAGACACUAAACCUUGCUUUCAAUUUUUUCAAUGUGUCUGUAAUUCCAAGUGAUAUUGGCCGCUUGACAUAUUUGAGGCAGCUCAACCUUUCUGGCUCUUCGUUUAGUAGUAAAAUCCCAACAGAAAUCUCAUACCUAUCCAAUUUGGUUUCACUUGAUCUUUCUUUUUCUUGGUGUGAACUUGAUCAGAAAACAUUUGAAACACUGCUUCAGAACUUGACAAAUCUGGAGGUAGUUUCUCUCUCUACUGUCAUCAUCUCAUCUCCGAUAGGUAUCAAUAUGUCGUCCUCCUUAAGACUAGAUGUUGCUGAUAAGCUGAAGACGAACCCAGCAAUAAAGGUAUUGGAUUUAAGUCAUAAUCAACUCAGCGGUCCUGUUCUUCGAUCACUUGAAAAUCUGGUAAACCUAUUCAAGCUUGACCUCUCAUCAAAUAACAUCACUGACAAUGUAGGAAUAGAAAUCUUUAUGACCAUGCAAAGACCUGAUUAUUUAGAUCUUUACUAUAAUCCGCUAUCAUGGAAGAGUAGCAAAAUCGCUUUCCCAAGUCUAAGAGUUUUGCUCUUAUCAUCUUGUGAACUGAAGGAUUUCCCAUACUUGUUGAGAAAUUUAAAGAAAUUUCAGAUCUUGGAUCUUUCUAACAAUAAGAUUCAUGGCCCAAUCCCUAACUGGUUUAGCCGCAUGAGAUGGGACUCGUUGCAAUACCUCAACGUUUCACUUAAUUCACUUACAGGCCACCUAGAACAACUUCAUCAAUAUGAUCUAAGGAUUCUUGAUUUUAAGUUCAACUUCCUGCAGGGUCCAAUACCUUCAUCCAUUUGUAACAUGAGACAUGUCCCUCUGUCGUUGCUCAAUUGUCAUCGUUUAGAGGUCCUUGAUGUGGGUAAUAACGCUAUAAAUGACACAUUUCCAGCUUGGUUAGGAACUCUUCAAAUGUUGCAAGUCCUUAUAUUUAAGUCGAACAGGUUCCAUGGACCUUUAAGUCCUUGCCAAACUAAGUUUUGCUUUCCCAUGUUGAGGAUUUUCGAUCUUUCUCUAAACGAAUUCAGUGGCUCACUGCAUGCAAAAGUAUUUGACAACUUCAUAUCAAUGACAAAAUUAGAUGGAUCAGACAAAGGCGAGAUCAAAUAUAUGGAACUACAUAAUGUUGGCAUAUAUGACAUAAUGUAUAAGGAUUCAGUGAGGUUGGUGAUUAAAGGCCAGGAUAUUGAGCUAGAAAGAAUCACUACAAUAAUGACGGCCAUUGAUCUCUCAAGCAACCAUUUUGAUGGUGUAAUUCCGAAAACUCUAAAGGAUCUUGGCUCACUUUGGCUACUCAAUGUAUCCCAUAACAAUCUCAGAGGUGAUAUUCCAACACAACUGGGGCAAUUGAAUAUGCUUGAAACGUUAGAUCUCUCUUGGAAUCGACUCGCAGGAAAUAUUCCAAAGGAAUUGACAAGACAAAACUUUCUGGCAGUCUUAAACCUCUUCAGAAUCGUCUUGUUGGACAGAUUCCUCAAGGUCUACAAUUCGACAUAUGGUGGCAACCUUGAAUUAUGUGGUUCUCCUUUAUUAAAGCAAUGUGGAACGAGUGAUCCAUCGCAUGUUCCACAACCAUUUGAGCCCGAAGAAGAAGAAGAGGAAUCAUAUUUUGUAAGUGGAUUUACAUGGGAAUCAGUAGUCAUUGGAUAUAGUUGUGGACUAGUUGUUGGAACUAUCAUUUGGAGUCUCAUGUUUAAAGCUUGUAAGCCUUCAGUGAGACCAGUAUGGCGAUGGAAGAAUGAUGGAACGAGGCUCGGUUUGGAGACGCGCACACAAAAAGAAGCUACUUGCGGGCUUCGAUUGUCAUAA